AUGGCGGGAGCAGUGUGUGUAGUUGGCGGUUCAUCGUCGUUGGUGGAGUGUGCUUCCUGCAAUUUGAGCGGCGGAGAUUUAAUCCCGCUGAGGCAUUCCUCAGUUGGGAGAAAGCAUAUGCCUCCUCGUUUGGAUUUGAGCACUUCUUCUCCAAACAGAGCUUUCUUCUCCCCUCCAACUAAUUUGCAGAAGAAACACCGGAAAAAGAUGACUGUUGUUGGAGUCGGUGGAUUAGGUGGCCAGUAUGAGGAAAGCUAUGAGGAUGUUAAAAGACAACUUGUGGACUUCUUCACUUACAAAGCAGUGAGGACUGUGUUGAACCAACUUUAUGAGAUGAAUCCUCCACAAUAUCGUUGUUAUAUUGCAUCAAAUGAGCGUGGCUACGGCAAGGCCUUCAUUCGCGAACUUGUCAAGGAUAAGCUGGAGCUGGCUGAGAGAGUGAUGGUGACUCGGCUUCACCUCUAUGGGAGAUGGAUUAAGGUUAGUUGA